UGCUUUUCCGGUGUUGAACUGCGCUUGCGUUGUAUUACAGAAGGGGGUGUAAUCGCUAGCCCGGACAGCAGCCACGCCGAACACAAAAUAUAUCAGAAAAGAGGGAAGGGCUGACCGACCUUAAACAACCAUGUCUGAUGGAGAGGGAUUUGUGGUUCGCAUUCGGGGGCUUCCCUGGUCUUGUGCUGUGGAUGAGGUUGCACGAUUCUUCUCAGAUUGCAACGUUGCCAACAACGGCACAAGCAUCCACUUCACCUACACUCGCGAGGGAAGACCAAGCGGAGAGGCGUUUGUAGAGCUGGAGUCGGAAGAUGACCUGAAGAUUGCCGUGAAGAAAGACAGAGAGACCCUGGGUCACCGAUAUGUGGAAGUAUUCAAAUCAAACAACGUGGAAAUGGAUUGGGUCAUGAAGCACACUGGCCCAAACUGUCCAGAGACCGAGGGGGAUGGGCUUGUGCGGCUGCGCGGCCUUCCGUUUGGCUGUAGCAAGGAGGAGAUUGUCCAGUUCUUCUCAGGGUUGGAAAUCGUGCCAAAUGGGAUAACAUUGCCGGUGGACUUCCAGGGGAGGAGUACGGGGGAGGCCUUCGUGCAGUUUGCAUCACAGGAUAUAGCUGAAAAGGCUCUAAAGAAACACAAGGAAAGAAUAGGGCACAGGUACAUAGAAAUAUUCAAGAGCAGCCGCGCAGAGGUGCGGACCAACUACGAGCCUCCGCGCAAAACCAUGGGCGGAAUGCAGAGGCCCGGUCCGUACGACAGGCCCGGCGGUGGCGGCGGCCGUGGCUACAACGGCAUGAGCCGAGGUGGCUCCUUCGACCGCAUGCGCCGCGGUGGCUAUGGCGGAGGUGAGGCUGGUUCCGACCGCUACGGCGACAGUGGCUCGAGUUUUCAGAGCACGACCGGACACUGCGUGCACAUGAGGGGCCUUCCGUACCGGGCGACCGAGACCGACAUCUACAGCUUCUUCUCGCCCCUGAACCCGGUGCGUGUGCACAUCGAGGUGGGCCCCGAUGGCAGGGUGACCGGCGAGGCGGACGUGGAGUUCGCCACGCACGAGGACGCCGUGGCGGCCAUGUCCAAGGAUAAAGCCAACAUGCAGCACCGCUACGUUGAGUUGUUCCUCAACUCCACAGCAGGGGGCAGCAACGGGGGGUACGGCGGCCAGAUGAUGGGAGCCAUGGCCAAUCAGUCUUCUUACGGAGGCAGCCAGCAGAUGGGCGCUGGCUACACCGGAGGCUACAACAGUCAGUCCAGCAUGGGGGGGUACAAUGACUACAGUAAUCAGAGCGGGAUGGGCAGCAGUUACUAUGGCAGCAGCCGCGGGUCCGUGGGAAUGAAUGGCAGCAUGGGAGCUGGAUGGGGCAUGUAGGGACCCCUAGCUGGCCAGCCGGAAUACUAGCUUCUUGGCUGUUGGCAACAUGUUCAAAGAUUUUUUUUUUUUUUUAAGGGUUACAGAUUUUUGUACAGACGAGUGUAAAUGUAUGAAAUGUGGUAACGACAAGUUAUUACCCCAAACUUUCUUAACCGUAUCACUGGAGUCAGUGUUAUUUUUAUUUUUGUGAAUCCGAGAGCACGGGGCAGAUGAUUUUGGUUCCACUCGAAUUAUACCUGUAGUUUGAGCCUGAGUGACUGACUGGAUGCUGUUCGUGAAGCCAUGUGUGCUUUUUGUAAAUACUGUGCUCAUGAUUGCUUGUAUGGAUUCCUCAGAGUCCACAAACAUUUACAGCUCCUUUUUCAUGUUUCCUAAAAACUUGGCCAGAGGAAUUUUUAUAAUGUUGAAGAGCAUGUUGUAAUGUCUUUUUUUCUUUAUUUUAAUGAACAGGAUUUGUUUUGGUUGACUCAAGAAAUGGCUUAAUGUUUUAAAACCUUGUACUAGAUGCUUCACCCCCUCUCACUGUCUUGGUCAUGAUUCUGCUGAUGGGCUUCGUUAAUAAACUUGUUCACUUUUUUUGCAA